GUGCUCUCAAUUAAACACCCUUGCUCUUCGCCGAUGGAUCAUUCCAUCUGAUUGUUUCCGUGAAACUUUUCCACUGAACUGAAUUUAACCCAGAUGCAUCGCUGAUCAAUGACAUGUUUCAACAGGCCAAAAGUCUCUUCAAGGGCGGUGCAGAAAGGUGAUGAUGGCUUCCGAAUUGCCUGCUGAGAGUAGCACAUUGGCACCAUUGCCCGGAGAACUUCGCCAUGGUCUCAUUGCUGUAACGACGUUGUCGUUCAUCUCAUUUGUCUCAACCGGGGUUCUUGUAUUUUAUAUCACCUACCGAUUGAUCAAAUGGGAGCGAGUGGCACGACAGAUACCACAGAGUCAUAUCGAAGGACAGAUCGGUCGGAGCUCAGAUGGUACCAGCAGCGAUGAUCUCUCAUUAGGGUUAGAAGAACGACAUUAUGUUCAUCUGAAGACAAAGUCUGCACCAGCUAGCGAGCCACCCACGCCGCGACUCGAGAAAGCGCCUCAUCCGGUUGAGAAAGAAUAUACGCGAUGGAAUCCUAUACUGAUGCUCAUAUACAACCUGCUUUUCGCAAACUUGUUUGAAGCUAUGGCUUUCCUGUUAAGCAUCGAAUGGCUAAAGGAGGAUGGGAUAUUCGCACCGACAGCCGCAUGUUGGGCACAGGGAUGGUUUAUGCAAGUUGGCAAGCUUGUGUGCAGUGGCAUGCUUGUUCUCAUCAGCAUCAACACAUACACCACGGUCGUCCGUGGCUACAAACUAUCGCGGACCGCUAUUUAUGCUUCCACGGCAUUGGUAUGGGUCAUCGCUUUUGCAUUGCCAUUUGGGAGUGUCUUAGGGACGCAAAAUGGCGCGGACCACGGUGGAUUCUAUGCCAGAGCUGGUGCAUGGUGUUGGGUCAACCCUCAGUACGGCGCCCUCGGUCUCUGGCUAGAGUACUUUUGGAUCUUCGUCGCCAUGGCCGUAACAGUUUUCCUGCUCCUUCUUGUUAUAAUUUCCCUCUACAGAAACAAUCAAUCGGUUCGCCAUUUCCCGUCGACUGUGUCGAAGUCCAUGGAGCCAAGAGAGAAAAACGAGCCACCGAAACCCUCUGGUCAUCACCCGGCAUUUCUCGUCUAUCAGAUCAUUUAUAUUGUCUGUACUGCACCCCUUGCUAUCAGUCGCAUGACAGCAAUGAGUGGGGUGAAAGCUGGAUGGCCCUUCUAUGGUAUUGCAGGCUCGCUAAUUGCUUCUCAUGGUUGGCUAAACGUUCUAUUGUGGAGCACCACCAUCUUCUUCAUUGGUGACCAGGAUAUCCAGGAAACUGGACUUGAGAAGUUUGCCUUCAUAAGAACUCCACAAAGAAUAUAUGGGAAUAUGGUCAUGGUGCAGGGAGGCCAUGAACUACGUUCGACACCUCGCCGCUCAUGGUGGCCGCCAUGCCGAGCCCUCCAAAGGAUGUCAUCUAAUGAGUUGCCGCAUGACAUCCGGAGCAGAAGCGAAGACUCGUUGAGACGGAGCGCGUCGCUUGAAAAUAGCGCCAUUGAGGUAGAGAUAGAAGCCAAAAUUGUCAUUGAGGACGUCAAUGAAGAGCAGCUUACACCGUCCAGCGUUGGAAGUUUUGAGCGGGACGAUCGAGGUUGAGUCAUAAAU